CGCUCGAGCCUCAGCGAGUUCAGAGAGAAGAGAGAGCGCGUGCAGAGCAGAGUAGUCGCUGGUUUACCUGCAGCGGGACCAGAACCAGAACCUGCACCAGAACCUGCGCCUGGACCUGGACCUGUACCUGGAACAGAACCGUUACCUGGACGUGCACCGGUACCGGGACCGGGAGUCCAGUGUGUGUUAGUUAGUAGUGAGUUAGUUGUCGGAGCUCCGGUCCGGUUCUGCUGCUCUCACAUGUUCUGAUGGGUCUGAUGUGGUGACAGCAGCCGCGCGGGCAGCGGCGCCGCCGGCUCCUCCGGACCGGAACAUGAAGCGGCUCCUCCGGAGGCUGGCGGUCAGCGUGGCGGUGCUGGUCUGGCUGGGAGCGCUGGUCUACCUGCUGGUGCUGAGCAGGAGGAGACUACCGGAGCUCGGUACCGGUACCGGGACCGGAGGAGGAGGAGGAGGAGGAGGAGAGACACCCAACAACCAGAUGUCGGACGCCGAGUGGGAGGACAUGUUGGAGGGUUUCGAUGAGCGCGGUUACCUGAGCGCUCGGCGCUGGAAGCCCGGUGACGACCCGUACACGCUGUACGCCUUCAACCAGAGAGAGAGCGAACGCAUCCCCAGCAACCGAGCCCUGAGGGACACCCGACACUACAGGUGCACCACUCUUCAUUACGACUCUGAUCUUCCUCCAACCUCCAUCAUCAUCACCUUCCACAACGAGGCCAGAUCCACCCUGCUGCGCACCAUCAGGAGUGUUCUGAACAGGACUCCAGUUCAUCUGAUCCAUGACAUCAUUCUGGUGGACGACUUCAGUGAAGACGAGAGUGACUGUCAGCUUCUCACCAAACUGCCCAAAGUCAAAUGUCUUCGCAACAACAAGAGAGAAGGUCUGAUCCGGUCCAGAGUCCGCGGGGCCGACGCCGCGAGGGCCGGCGUCCUCACCUUCCUGGACAGCCACUGUGAGGUCAACAAGGACUGGCUGCCCCCCCUGCUGCAGAGGAUCAAACAGGACCCGACCUGUGUGGUGAGCCCGGUCAUCGACAUCAUCAACAUGGACACGUUUGCCUACGUGGCGGCCUCCGCUGAUCUCCGUGGAGGUUUUGACUGGAGUCUGCAUUUCAAGUGGGAGCAGCUGUCAUCUGAACAGAGAGCUCGCCGGACCGACCCGAGCCAGCCAAUCAAGACUCCCAUCAUCGCCGGAGGGCUCUUUGUGAUUGACAGGUCCUGGUUCAAUCACCUGGGUAAAUACGACACGGCCAUGGACAUCUGGGGCGGGGAGAACUUCGAGAUCUCGUUCCGGGUGUGGCAGUGUGGCGGCAGUCUGGAGAUCCUGCCCUGCAGCAGAGUGGGUCACGUCUUCAGGAAGAAACACCCGUACGUCUUCCCCGAGGGAAACGCCAACACCUACAUCAAGAACACACGGCGUACAGCUGAGGUGUGGAUGGACGACUUCCGUCUCUUUUACUACUCUGCUCGGCCUGCAGCUCGAGGGAAAUCCUACGGAGACAUCCGAGGCCGAGUGGAGCUCCGGAAGAAGCUCAAGUGUAAAUCCUUUAAGUGGUACUUGGACAACGUCUACCCAGAGCUCAAGGUCCCAGACGACUCGGACUCUCAGUCCGGGGUGAUCCGACAGCGACAGAACUGUCUGGAGUCUCGCCAGGCGGACAGCCAGGAGCUGCCCGUCCUCACUCUGGCUCCCUGUACGGGACCGGACGGCGUCCCCGCCACCAACCAGCAGUGGGUGUACACUCACGGGCAGCAGAUCCGCCAGCAGCAGCUCUGUCUGUCUCUGUCCACCACCUUCCCCGCCUCACAGGUCCUGCUGAUGCCCUGCAACAUGGCUGACGGCAAGCAGCGGUGGCAGAAGUCGGGGACUCACCUGGAGCACCUGGUCUCCCGGUUCUGUCUGGACUCGGAGAUGGCGCUGGACGGGAUGGACUCGUCUCGGAUGCUGGUCAUCAGCCCCUGUGAACUGAGCGCCUACACACAGAGAUGGGAAGUCCCCUUCUCCUGACCCUUGACCCCGCCACCUUUCACCUCCACACACCCGCCCCCGUCACCCAUCACAGCCUCAAAGACCCGACGCAGACGCAGACGCAGACGCAGACGCAGACGCUCCGACGGAGUGAAGAUGCAUGAGCACGUCAUGUCGAGGCGCCGCGUCGACGGUCGCUGAACGGAGGGUUUAUUAGGACCUUUCUGACGCCUCCUCGCUGUUUAUAAGGAGAAGGAACUAGGGGAAGGAGAGGAGACGUGGAUCCGUCGGGUCUACGUUUCCCUGAUUCACUGAAGAUGAAACAGUUUUGAAAGGAAGAGACACGUCAGAGACGUCUGGAGAUUAAAGGGUGUGUGUCUGAGGCCAACCAAGUGCACCUUACAGCCCCGACCAGCUGGAGGGGAACAGUAUCAGAAUGUGUCUCGUCAUCUUCUGUCUGUUUUCAGGAUGUUUAAGAAUUAAAAGAAGCACAACUCA